ACCCUUUUUAUUUUGCGAUACAGGGUGUCUUUAUUCAUUUAUUUAUUUUUCUUUAUGUUAUUUGACCCUCUCUCUCUCCAUUAGAUUUGGACUCUCUCUCAAAUUUAAUAGACGCACCAAACAUCCCCACUUAUACUCCAAUGCCCAAAUGCUCACUUUUCUUUCUGGGGUUGAAUUAUAAUAUAAUUGCUUUCUCUCAUUCUCAACACUAGGAAAGAAAGAAAGAAAGAAAGAAGAAGAAGAAAAAGAAGACAAAGGCUUUCCCAUUGAUAUCCUCAUCAAUCAGAUCCCAUCCCAUCCUAUCAUGACCUGCACAUGAGAGAGAGAAAGAUCACGCAAAAUAUAGUAAAUGAGGUGCAAGAAGCAUCCCUCCGAUCUUACCAGCACUGUAGGUGUCUGCGCCUCAUGUCUCUCCGAACGCCUUCUUUCACUCAUGGCCGCUCAGGCUCAAGCUGACGCUCAAUUAGCUCGCGCUAACUCACGCUCCGCCAUUAUUGACAGCCGCAAUUCCGACGCCCAACCACCACCUCCUCCUCUUAUAUUCCCUCGCUCCGUUUCCCCUUAUGUUGCUCCCCGCCACAAAUCACACCAUCUCCGCUUCUACAGUACUCCUCAGGUGGGCCCCACUUUCAACAACAACAACGACAACAACAAUUUCGUUUCCUUUAAAAAGAAAAAGCACGCCAGAUUCUCGCUUUUAUCAAAUCUGUUCAGGUCUAGAUCCGAGAAAUUUAAUCCGGAUCCGGAUCCCUGUGCAAAUUCAUAUUCUACUUCGCCUUCCUGGUUCUCUACAGUCUUUUCUUCUACACGCAGUACUAAAAAGCAAUCUGCCGCUGAAUAUUCAGGCGCCGUUCCUGUACCCUGUCGCGGUCGUCGGAAGACGAUGAUAGAUCGAGGAAUGUCGCCAGAUACGGAGGAGGAUUGCGAUCGGUCUCCCCCAUCCGGCAGUGGAUCCUCGUCGGAGUCAACAUCGUCUCACUGGUGGAAGAGGACACCGGUAGCAGCAGUGAGGCGAGCCAAGACUGGACACGUGUCGUCCUCCUCCUCCGGGUUAGCUUUUUGUUUGAGUCCUCUGGUGAGGGCUAGCCCUAACCGGCACUGGAACCAGAAAGGCGGCGGCGGUUUGGCAGCCGACAUACGGUUUUCCGGUGAGGUUAGGGUUCCUGCGAAGCCUCAUUUGUCGACGGCUGCGUCAUUUUGCGCCAACCGGUCAAGGAAGCUUUGCGAUUUAGGAAGAAUCAAGCACAACUGCUGAUAACGAACGGAUAGUCGUUGACAUUUGACCACCGGGGUUAUAUUUCCAGAGCACGGUUUUGCCCCUUCUCUUUUAUGGUUUUUACAUAUUUCAAUUUUUUUUUUCUUUAAUUUUCUUCCAAGUGUUUGUUAAGCUAGAAUUAUAACUGGAGGAAGGAAUGGGAAAAAAAAAAAAAAAAGGAAAAGUAAAAACAAAUUGGGAAAAAACAGUGAAGUCAAAGUUGUGUUGUGUAUCUGUGUACAUUGAUUUAGUGAUACUUUUUCAUUGUAAAAUUUGUGUAUUAUUUACAUUUAAUAUAAAUGGGAAUUAUAAUGAAAUCACAUUAGUA